AUGUAUCACGCGUUUAAUGCUAAAUGGGACAUGGAAUCACAUGAAGAUUCCAAUGAAGACAAUCCUUUGGUGGAUCAACCACUUAUGGGGAAAUCUAUCAAGCUCCUCGAAAACUUUGAAGACAAGCCCAAAUUAAACUCCAACAGCAUCACAUUAAAAGAGCUGCAAACCCAAAUUGAAGACCUUCGUUCAGAAAGCCCCUCAAAGUCCAGUGAGUGUCUGAAAUGGUUUCCUUUCAGAAUGCACUUCACGUCUGUUGAUACGAGAGAUCAAGAUCAGCUAGACUUCCUCAGGGCUCUGCAACUUUACUUGAGGUCUGAAGAAGAUGGCAAGGAGGUAGUGACAUUAGAACUGCUAGUGGAUAUUUCAUCCCGUUGUGGAGUCUUCUUUCCACAUACCCCGUCUGCUUCGUACUCUACUGUGUCUCAGCUUCAACUCCUCAAUACAGUUCGAGAUGAAUCAUCACUCGAGAUCCAGACUGUUUGGGAUGAUGUGCGUCUCCAGCUGCGCCGCCACCUGCUGGAUCGGAUGUCAUCUCAAAUAUCAGAGAAUUUAGAACCAGCAAGCGCUUCUAACCCUUCAAUCUCUGAACGGAUCUAUUGUCUCCAACACAUGUCUUUUCUUUACCCUGAAUCAGAAGUGUUUUCAAUUUAUCAGAUCCUUAGGAGCCAAUUCACAGAAACUCUUUUCCACUCGACCAUAAGUUCCUGUACAAGCAGCGGUGGUGAAACCGGCUUUGACAGACUGACCGAGGGCUUCCGCUGUGUGAUACCUCUCCUGCUCCAGGCUCUCAAUGAGGAGAUCCAUGUCCUCUCACACUCAAUGGAUCAGCACAGCAUCCUGGGCUUUCUCAAUGCAGCUUACCUCGACACUGUAGUACGAGAACUGUCCACUCUGAUGGAGAGAGAAUGUGAAGUUGCUCUAAGAGACAACACUACAGUCCCCAGCAAGUUUAGGAAGUCUUCAACCAAGUCUCAGGUCUCUGCAGCACCUGUAGAGGUUUUUGUGAAAAGCAGAACUUUCAGUCUGACUUCGCACCAGCUAGGGGCCUUAACUCAACUGGCCUGCCAAUUGCUUGAAUUUGAGAGUGCAAUAAAAGAAGUUAUCAAACAGAUGACGUACAUCAGUUGUACUGGACACCCUCCCUGUGUUAAAGGUUCCAGAAUAAAAUCAAGCUUUGAUGUGACAGAUACCAAAAAUGUCAAUGUAACUACUCAAUCACCUCAGCAUCUAGAGAUUCAGUUUCUACAAUUUGACUGGAGGUUGGCUUUUAAGGGUCUGGUCCCUCAGAUGGCUCAUUGUGUCAAAGUAGUACUUGAUGAUAUUUGUAACAAAAGUCUGCAGCAGGAACAGGCCUUACAUUCUGCUGGAGAAAUCUCCCUGGCCCUCCUCGGUACUCGAGAUAUUACCACUCAUGCCAUCAGCAAGUAUGAUGAUUCCAAGAGAGAAAUGCCUAAAAUGAUAGCUCACUUCUGUGGAGCCAUCAUGAAGGAGAUGAAUGCCUUACUUCCCUUAGCUGCAGCCUGUAGGGACUGCUCUCUCUUGGAGGUUCGAAUAACUUUUGUGGAAGCCUGUAGUACAGCAGUGUUUGCUAUACUGGACCGUGUUGAGGAGCGAGCCAGUGAGGUACCGUCCUCAGCCCCUCUCAAAAACCUGCCUGGACUGUUGGCCACUGUCAUGUACCUGCACCAGCAACUGCAGUACUACCACACACAUCUCAAGGAUUCAAAUACUGCUGUGACCAAAGUACCACUGACCUUGCUGCCAAUUCAAAAGUGUCAAGAUGCAGCAGAGACAAUAAGAGGGCAGCUCACUACUUACUGUAUCCAGGUUUGCUCGACUUGUAUUCUGCAGGAAGUAGAGAGCCACUACUGGGAUGACCCCAAACCCUUCGAUGAGGGGGAGCGGUGUUCCUUCUCGGUGCAGAUGUGGUAUUACUUCCUGUGUGGGCUCCGCAGUGAUCUGUGGCCUGUUCUUCCUGCGGCGCUGUCUAAGGAGCUGCUUGGGAAUGUGCUGUCAGAAACUCUGCAGCUGCUGCUACAAAGAUAUGCUAUGGCCCGGCCCUCAUACAGAAGACACCUGCAGAUUAGGUGUGACAUCACAGCAGUGCUCCUUUAUGUGGAAGAGUUGAUGUGGAGUGUCUGUGAAACUCCAGAGAGCUUGGCGCACAUCCCUCCUUCAUCAAAGACAAAAGUAAAAAUGAAUUCCUCAAAAUGGCCAAAGGUGAUCCACAAUUUGUGCAAUGAACUCCUCACGGUGCUCAUUAUUGUCACUUCCCCUCUCUGUUCAUUGUACAGAGCUUUUGUCCAUAAUCCAUGGCGUUCGACUCAGACUGUUGGCCACCCCAAUGUCCAAUGGCUUCAUGUCAUUAACCCUGACCUUUUCACUGAAGGAGUCAUUAAUGAAGGCCUCAAGGACCAAGCAGCCUCUACUUGUCAGUUAAGGUUGCUGACCUCUGACCUUGGAAAUGAUCCCACAAUGCUCCUCCGGACAUUGCUGAACAGAGACUGUCACCUGCCCAGAAUACUUCUGAAAAAUAUGAAUUUUCAGAAGGAGUCAGAUAUUGCAACAAGUGAAUACUCAGCCUUGACUCAAACGUUUCAACCAUAUAUGGAGAGGGCACAACUCUGGACGCAUCUCUUUACACUGGCAGAUACUCAACAAUCUGCCCCAUCAGUGAUCAAAUGCCUUCAAGAUACCGUCAUAAAAUCCACACAGGGCCUCCUGGUGCAUCUGGUGUCCAUGGUGGUGGGCUGGCUGGCCACAGUGGAUCCUGUUAUCAAAAUAUGCCAAUGGGACAUACCAAAGUGCCUCUUGACUAUAGUACCAAAGGAGUGGAACUAUGCAUGGGAACCAAAGGAAGAAGAUAAAUCUCUGGUCGCCUUUAUCACUCAAGCCUUGGCUUUAGUCUUCACUAGCCUGCCCCAGGUCAUUGAAGCUUUACCUAUCCCCAUUUGGUUGCUCUUUCAUGAGGCUGAAAAUCACCUCUCUCAGUAUGCCCAGCAACUACGCUCUCAAGGCCUUUUGAUUUGGGCUUUGCUGAGCUGUCUCACCCGAAGCAUGGAAAAAAAGGAGACACUAGAAGAGAUCACUGGUUUAGCUCUGAACCAGCAGACAGCACAGAGUCUGUCACUGUUGGCAGAAUGUAUAAAGGCUGCCAUUGGGAUUCAACACAAGUGUGUCUCCAAAACCACCAUUCAAGUUGUACUGAUGACCCUGGAAGACAAAAUGCCUAACUGUAUAAGCGCACAACUACAAAAAGCUCAAACAUUCCUCUCAGAAAGUGUAUUUGUGCACAAAAAGGAGAGUGGAGUGGCUGAGGCUGAACUGACUGAGCAGAAAAUAGGCCUGAUGCUGCUGGAGGUCUGCCACAAAGCAGGUGGCAGUGACUACCUGAGGCAGAUCUAUCACAUCAUCCAAGGCAAUGAGGAAAUUAUAUCUAAAAUAUGCAGCCCUUCACACAAUGGUGAAACCUUUUCCCUUGUGAACCUGGAGUUUGGAGAAGAGAGUAAUUCUGGCAUCCAACAUUUUAAUCCCCUCUAUGAAUUUGACCACCUUGGCAAGAAGAAACUUGAACAGAGUGCACUUGUCGACUGGGCAUGGGACUGGCCACAGCUGCUGCCAACAGUUCAGGGCAUGAGUGAGGUCACCUUCAAAAAUAUCCUGGCAAACAGGUGGGAGAUGCAAGAAAAUGCUGAGUUGGAUGAUGAAGAGAGAACUAUUGUUGAAGAUCUUCAGCGAAUCUAUCUUUUUUACAAUAGUCACUUGGGACAACAGGAUGAAGCUGUCGAGGAACAGGGAGAAGACACUCUGGGGGAAGCCAUCGCAGACGAUAAAAGCACUGCCCAAUAA